AUAACUUUCCAUCGAAUUCAUCUUCUUCUCCACUCGGCCACUCCACAUCCACCGCCGAUCUCUCUCUCUCUCUCUCUCAGCUCCACCGGAGGAAAACCCCCGGAAAAAACUCGUCAUGAAUUUCUUCAACUCCGUCUUCUCCGACGACCCGGAUCCCGCCCGACCCGAAUCGCCUCCCGGAGACGACGAUCCGUCGCGAGGACGAGGAGGAGGAGAAGCCACCGCCGCCGCCGCUCCGGAGCCGGACCGCCCGUCCUAUUCCCGGUGGGGCGGCCUGGGCGGCCUCGUGAAGACCCUCACGACCAAGUCCGAGACCGUGCUCGAGACGUACCGCCGCGACCUGCAGGAGUUCGGGCUGGGCCUGCGGAAGGAGAUCCAGGAGGCGCACGGCUCGCUGGAGAACGUCGGCCAGGCCAUCGACGAGCUCGGGUCCUCGGUCAUCAAGGGGACGGCCCAGAUCAUCUCCCAGGGCAAGGAGGCCAUCCUCACCGCCGAUCUCAGUCCGGACCCCUCCGAUCAGGGCCACGGCAGCGGCGGCGGGCACCAGUCUUUCGCGAGGUACAGUCGGCUGGACGCGCAGGUUCGCGCGAUCCGGGGCGAUGCCGGCACCUUCAGCGAGGAGCCGGAGGAUGCGGAGGACUACGGCGGGUGGAAGACGGGGUUCGAUCUGGGGGAGAAGAGGGAAGAGAUCGAGAGGUUGAGGGAGGAAGAUGGGCCCGUCAGGGGAUUCUACUAUAGGCUAGUGCCCGGUAGCAUCGACGGGGAUACGUUCUGGCUUAGGUACUUUUAUAGGGUGCAUAAGCUCGAGCAGGCUGAGAAUGUGAGGGCUAGUCUGGUGAAGAGGGCGAUCUCGAGCGAGGAGGAGGAGCUGAGUUGGGACGUUUAUGAUGAGGACGAUGAUGAGGAUGUCGACGGCGAGAAGGAAUUGAAGAAAGGAAGUAGAUUGAGUAAUGCAGUGUCUUCUGCAGAGGCAGUUCAAAUGGGCAAUGUUGAGGAUGGAAAUUUGGGGGAAGCUGUGAAGAAGGGGAAGGAUGGUUCCUCUGAGGAGGAAAUGGAAUUGGCUUCAGGGAUGAUGCACAGCGUGGAAUCAAAGGAUGCCUAUGGGAAGGAAACAGAGGAUAGAGCCGAUGAGAAAAUUGGGAAGUUGGGUAGUGAUCUGCAUCAGACGGAGGUAGACAUUGAAGAAUCGAAAGAACAGAAGGCGGAGAAUCAGGGUGGGGAAUUGCGAGUUAGUCCAGCUCCUGAAGCUGUUGGUGAGAAGGUGGAGAAUGUGGGCGGUAAGGAUAGCAGUGAGGGUGUCGCUCUUGUCCCAAAUGAAGGAAAUGCGCCCGAAGAGGAUGUGCAUUUGGAAAAGGUUUCUGAUGUAAACAGCAGAAAUUCUUCGUCAGCACCCCAAGAGAAUUCAGCCUCAAACGCGAUAGCUGAGCCUGGGAAAUCGAAAGAGAGUAACCCUGCUGCUGCACUGAGCAAUCCAUCGGCAGCUGAGGAGGAGGACCUUGGUUGGGAUGAGAUUGAGGAUCUUAGCGGCAUCGACGAUCAGAGAGUCACUCCAGGCGGGACUCCAAGUACAAGUAGGGAUGAUCUGAGAAAGAGGCUGAGUGUUGCAGAGGAGGAAGAAGACUUGAGUUGGGACAUUGAAGAUGAUGGUGAUGAGCCUGCUGCCAAAGCUUGAUCGGAGGAAGAAGACUUGAGUUGGGACAUUGAGAAUUCAGCCUCAAUUGUCGUGUCUUGAUUCCUUCUGACUAUUAAGGUUAUGCAAAGUAUGUUCCUAGGAGGAUGUUUCAUUUCCAACUUCAAUUGUUAGAGAUGCAUAUGUUUCUCUGGAAUUGUGUCUCUGGUAUGCCUUGUUCAACUGUCAUAAAACAGUGUUCAUAAAAUGGUUCUCUUUAUCAAUAUAUGCAGACAUUGUUGAUAUAAAGAAAAACUAGUGCUUCUACGAUUA